AGGAUGGCCUACCACUAUUCACAGCCUCUCUCCCUACUUGUCUCCCUUUUAGAUAUUGCCUUAUGGGAGCCCUCUUCUGGAGGAGGUAUUGCCAUCUACUGGGGCCAAAAUGGCAAUGAAGGCACCUUGGCCGAAACUUGUGCCUCGGGAAAUUAUCAAUACGUGAACAUAGCUUUCUUGUCUACUUUUGGGAAUGGCCAAACUCCUAUGUUGAACCUAGCAGGCCAUUGUGAUCCUACAUCUUAUGGUUGUACUGGUUUAAGCAUUGAUAUUACAGCUUGCCAAAGUCGGGGCAUCAAAGUCCUACUGUCCCUUGGAGGAGAUGUAGGCAGCUACUCUCUUUCAUCGGCUGAUGAUGCAAACCAAGUCGCUGAUUAUCUUUGGAACAACUUCCUUGGUGGGACGUCCGAUUCACGUCCACUAGGAGAUGCCAUUUUGGAUGGUAUUGAUUUUGAUAUUGAGAGCGGUUCAGGCCAAUACUGGGAUGAUCUUGCCAAGGCCCUUAGUGAGUUUAGCCAAGAAAGUAAUAAGGUAUACUUGUCGGCAGCUCCUCAGUGUCCAUUCCCUGAUUAUUAUCUAGACAAGGCAAUUCACACUGGCCUAUUCGAUUACUUGUGGGUUCAAUUCUAUAACAAUCCUCCAUGUCAAUAUAACGGUGAUGAUGUUGACAAUCUCUUGAGGGCAUGGAAUGAAUGGAUAACUGUCCCAGCGGGCCACGUGUUUAUGGGACUUCCCGCAGCAGUGGGGGCAGCCCCUAGUGGUGGAUACAUACCGUCCAAUGUGCUUAUUGAUCAGGUUCUUCCAGUUAUCAAGAGUUCCCCCAAGUAUGGAGGAGUGAUGCUCUGGAACAAGUUCUACGAUAAUGGAUAUAGUUCAGCUAUAAAGGAUGCAGUGUGAUUAAGUUAUUAAUUAGCCAAUAAGACAUGAUCAUAUGUCCUACUUAAAUCAUAUGCAUAUAGAAUUAUCUAAUAAUGAAAUGGAUUAAUAAAAUAUAAAUAAUCCAUUAUAUCUUCC